CGGCUGUUAGACACGCGUUCAAACUGUUACAAUGGAUUGGCUUCAACAUUUUCAGCGCACAGUGUCAACGUUGUUAUUUUCCUCUGCAGGCAGGACUGAUGUAACCGUUUUAUUUGUAAUUUAACGACAGAGAAAAAAACGAAACGACUUUCCAUGACUUUGGAUGAGCUUAUUUGCAGUUUCGCCGUCAUAUAGCCACCAGCGUUUCUCCAUAUCAUUGAGUGUUUGUUUUUUGUUUUGUUUUUUUGUCCAUCUUGCCGAGCUGCUGCAGGCAUGCAGCAGGAGCUUCUAUUCAAAGUCUUGGUUGUCGGGGACCUGGGUGUCGGGAAAACCUCUAUUAUCAAGAGGUACGUUCAUCAGAUCUUCUCCCAGCACUACAGAGCGACUAUCGGGGUGGACUUCGCGUUGAAAGUUCUGCAGUGGGACAAUGACACCGUGAUCCGGCUGCAGCUGUGGGACAUAGCAGGACAGGAGCGAUAUGGAAACAUGACCCGUGUCUACUACAGGGAGGCGGUGGGAGCACUGGUGGUCUUCGAUGUGACGAGGGCCUCCACGUUUGAGGCUGUGCUGAAGUGGAAGGAUGACCUGGACUCUAAGCUGACUCUGAACCAUGGAAGACCGGUUCCUGUGGUACUUCUUGCCAACAAGUCGGACCAAAUAGCGUGUCAGCUGCCCAAACUGGACUCCUUCUGCAAGGAGAACGGCUUUGUGGGCUGGUUCGAGACGUCUGCGAAGGAAAACACGCACAUUGAGGAGGCAGCACACUGUUUGGUGGAGCACAUCCUGAACAACGAGGAGAGCGCGGUGACAGAGCGAGAGCCCAACUCCAUCCUUCUGUCUGGAUACACGAGCACCACAAGCAGUCAUUUCAAGUGUUCUUCAUGUCUAAAAUGAAAUCUGCAGAGUGAACGUCUCCCAGAUCACAGCCAUGAAGAAAUAACUGAAAGAAAAGUCCCUUUUUUAUUGGUUAAAAAUAGAAUGAAAACAAUAUUUAUGGUGCAUACUUUAGGCCAAUAUCUGGUAUGUAAAGUGGAGUUAUUUAACAAACUAGGAAAAUGUAAAUACAUAAAUUGCAGAGAUUCUGAGAAAGCUUUACCUUAUUAAAUUAAGUUAUGCGCUAACAUAAGUUCCACAUUUUUCAUGUAAUUCUUGGUAUAAAAUCUUUCUUGAUUUGAAAAAAAAAACACAUUUAAUGUGAACCUUUUUAUACUAAUUAAACAUCUUAUUUUGAGUCUUAUCAUGAUUUCUGUCCCCUGGCAAAUAAAGAAGUGCAUCAUAUGAUACAUUUACGAUGCACUUUGAAACAGUUUUCUGUUUUGUUCUAAAAUGAAAAACUGAAUAUAAUUUUUUGAAAUGAUUAAUUGCCUUCUCUGAAAAUGUAUAUAAAGUAAUUCACAACAGGCACCCUGUGCAGAAUUUCUAGUGUUUCUAAUGCAGCUUUUUCUUGAAUUAUACUUGAUUAGUAAGAGCUAAACAUAUGCUGGACAGUGUGUAUAUGAAAUACUUUAAUCAGUAUUUAAAGUAUUUCUGAUAUGAAGCAUGUAUACACCCUGUGCAUGCACUCAUGCAGUAACAUGUGUUGAAAACUAACUCAACCUAAUCUUUGGAGGUAGAAGUGUUCAAGUGAUUCUGAUACUUCAUUUAGAAGAAUGCCAUUUUUAUGCUUGUAAACUCAGUAGCCGUAAAGUCCUUCAAAAAAGCAUGCUUUUAAUCAGAAUUUAAAACUCAGCGUUUUUAUUUUGAUUAUGCUAAUGCUGCAAUCUCUGUUUUUAUAUAUAUUUUGUCCCAACAGGAGCUUCAGUAGGACGACAGCUUUUUGUCUCUAUAACGGUAUAUCUAACUUGAAAGCUACUCCUGUCUUCAGUCUACUCCUGACACUGAUUUUUUUUCGUUCAUGCAUAGUGGUUUUAGUGGUUUCUAGGUGCAAUAUUAAAACCUUAUCAGCUGGUAGUAUUGUUCAGUAUUUCAGGUAUACAAUAAAGCGUUACCCAGAACCCGCCAAAAAAGCAUUUGGCCACCUGUGUUUCAGAUUUUUCAAAAUCAAAGUAAGAAAUUGUCUUAAAAGUUGCAGUUGAAGAAGAAUCUUAAAAAAAAAGAACUUUUAUUUAGCUUCUUUCUAUCUAAUUGUUUUUUUUUUUUAGUGUUUCAAAUAUUUGUUGUAAAUUAACAAAGGAUAAUAAUCUCUAUGGACUUUUCCCGCCUCACCACAACCCCCCAGAAGGAGGAAAUAGGGUUAAAUAUAGAAAAAAAACAUAGAUUCAUAAUUAAUGAUUGAGUGAAUCAAAUGAGAAAAACUGACAAGCAUCCCUAAUGGUCAAAAGGAAAAUGUUGAGGCAAUGCCGCAUUGUGGUUUCCAUGUCUAGUUACUGACAACUCCAGUCCAAAGAAAACAGCCUUGUAGAGAUGGAUUUUUGCUGCAGACAGAAAAGCAAACUCUAUCAGACCUGACUCACUGUCAAACUGUUGCUCCAUUGUUGUAAGUCAUUGUUUACAGAUAUAAAAUCAAUAU